GCGAUAAGCGACUAAAUUUUAAAAUUUUCGUUACCAUAAUACAUUUUAGAAGUCUUUCAAGUUUCAAUAUUAAUUAAUAUUAUUAUUAUUUAUCAAUGUUUUCAAUGUAAUGUUUAAUUAAUAAAUAAUAAUAAUGAAAAAAAAUGUGUUGAAAAAUAAACUUUCAAUUUUCAGUUUGUGACCACACAUUUUGUAUUAAUAUUAUGAUUUAUAUGGGUUAAAUUUAAAAUCAUUACUUAUAUUGUUAUGGCUGACGAAAUUGAAAAUUUCUAUGGAGUAUACCUACUGUAUUGUCUGAAUGAAAAAAGCAAAGGAAAAACUUACAUUGGCUAUACAAAGGAUCCUAAUCGCCGUAUAAAACAACACAACAAAGGUGUUAAAAGUGGAGGAGCCAGAAAAACCAGUCGUCGUGGGCCAUGGGAAAUGGUUUUGAUAGUACACGGAUUUCCAAACGAUAUAACAGCAUUAAGGUUUGAAUGGGCAUGGCAAAAUCCUAAAACAUCCAGACGUUUGAAACACAUAGCACCAAAAGCAAGAACUGAAAAAGAAUAUGACUAUUGUAUCCGCAUACUUUCAGAAAUGCUGCAUGUGGGUCCAUGGAAUCGUCUCGCUUUAAGCGUCCGGUGGCUGAAUAUGCUUUAUCGUCGUGACUUCAGUGACGACAAAUUUCCACCCAUGCACAUGUCUAUAUGUCAAGGACCAGUCGUAUGUAAAAAACCUGCUUUACCAAAUGAUAUCAGCUUAUUAGAAGGCAGUAAAAGUCAAAUAUGUGUUUUGUGUGCACGUAAUUGUUCUGCAGAAAGUCUACUUAAUUGUUUAGAUCCAGAUUGUCAAGCAGUCACGCAUAUUCAGUGUCUCGCCAAGCGAUUCUUAGGAUCAUCUGAUCAUAUUAUACCCAUAGAUGGUGAAUGUCCAGCAUGUGGCAUCCGUCUUCUAUGGGGUGAUUUAAUUCGGCGAAAAAAUGGAUGCUAUAAAAAUUUAAGUGCCACUAGUAGAUAAUAAUUAAAUAAUUAAUGUAUUAUUAUGGUUUAAGUUCCUCUUUAGUGUGAAGUUAGCAAAUGUGAAGUGUAUUUUUAAAUACAUUUUCAUAUAAAAAUUCAAUAUAUAUAUUUUUUACAUACUAUUGAUUUUUGUGCAUAUUUCAGAUGAUUAUUGUAUUUUAUAACUUAAAAUUUUAUAAAAUUAUUGUAAUAUUAUUUCAAGUAAA